AUCAUUUGUUUCACCAUCAUAGGUUUUUUGUGCAUUGUUCUGCAAUAAUGAGUAACAAGUAUAACCUGAAGUGGAAUUCCCACCACGCAGAGGGAUUUGGAAACUUCGAGUUGUUACGCAACAGGGAGGUUCUGGUGGACAUCACCCUGUCCUGCGGUGGGCAAACGAUCAAGGCUCACAAGUUAGUUCUGUGCGCAGGAAGCGCUUUCUUCGAGAAGCUGCUCCAGCGCGACACCAGCGGCUUCUCGGUGGUCCAUUUCCACGGGAUCGACGCGUUGCACCUCAGACUCCUGGUGGAUUUUAUGUAUCUGGGUGAAGUGGACGUGCCCUCGAGCGAACUGGAGCGAUUCAUCGCCCUGGCCGACAGUCUGGAGGUGAAGGGGCUCAAAGGAGAUCGAUCCAAGAAAACCGAUGAAAUUAGUGCUGCCGAGAACAUUGUGGGAAGGAGCGAAUUUCCUCCAUACAGCAGGCACCAAAUUUCAAGUCUUGCUCCAUCCCUGAGUUCCAGGCCUCUGGGUGUCAAUGCUUCACCAAACGCCGCCUCUUCCGUUCCGAGUUACUUGACUCCGGUCAAACGCAGGCUUCCGGUCGGGAUGAACAGUACAGCAGGGGUGCAAGCUGUGAAGACCUCACCAUUGUUCUCGCCUACACCUGAGAAGAGGCAGAGACCAGAUGUUGCUACCUCUGAUGUGAUAAAUCAGGCAUUGGACAAUGAGGAAUGCCUACCAGAGACACAUGUGAAGACAGAAGAGAAUGAAAUUGAGGAGAUAGAGGCAGAUCAAGAAGAUCUCCAGUGUUACUGGGCGAGAGACAGCGGGAUGUCGGCAGCAGAAGGCGACGACAGUCAGAACUCGUAUCAGAUGGAAGGAGAAAGAGAAGAGUUUGAUCCGAAUGAAGUCCCGCCCAAUAUUCCUCCUGAUAUUGCACCUGAGGCUAAAUUCAAUUGUGUGGUCAUGGUGCUGUUUAGUCCAUAUAUCAUGGGCACAUUCCAGACUGUUGCUCUGGUUGAGGAAAGAUUUUGA